AAAAUUUAAAGCACAACAAUGAAAUCGUGUAAACCCGAGGAAGAUGAAACAGCUGAAAGUCCAGCUAAAUUCAGCGAGGUCCCGGGAAAGUCGACUGUGGAAUGUGAACCCUCCGAUCAGCCUCUGGAGGGUUUGACACUGGCAUCGCACGAGGUGCUGGAGAAAGCACAGCUGACAGGCAGGUUAAAGUGUCCAAAAUGCGGCGGCUCAAGGAUGUUCUAUUGUUACACAUGUUUCUCUUUGGUCGGCCUAUGCGAAAACCAAGUCCCUGUGUUAAAGCUGCCUGUGAAAAUCGACAUAAUCAAACACCCAAAUGAGACAGACGGGAAGAGCACGGCAGUACAUGCCAAACUCAUAGCGCCAGAUGACGUGUCCAUUUACACUUACCCCUGCAUCCCUGAGCUAGAGGAGUCUGCACACGACGUUGUAUUAGUUUUCCCUGGUCCAGAGUCUAUUACAGUGCAAGAAAUGGCAAAGCGUUUUCAGGAGGACAGUGAUGCUCAUGCGCCAAGCGGUAAGAGGCAAAAAACCGCGGACGGCAAAGCCACUGCAGGCGCCCACGCGGGCACACGCGCUCCUCAAAGAGUCAUUUUUAUCGACAGCACCUGGAAUCAAACCAACAGAAUCAUCUCGGACGAACGCCUUCAAGCUUUAACGCAGGUCGAACUGAAAACGAGGAAAACCUGUUUCUGGCGUCAUCAGAAGGGCUCUCCAGACACGUAUCUGGCAACUAUUGAGGCCAUUUAUUACUUCCUGAGGGACUAUCACGUGCACUGUCUGUGUAAGGACUACCACGGGGAGUAUGACAAUCUCCUCUUCUUCUUCUCUUACCUGCACAAACUCAUACACAAAGCUAAAGUUUCAGCUGGGAAACUGUGAUGCUAGCAUGAAUUUAUCA